UCAAUUCAUCACAAAUUCACCAUGGCUGUUUUAAAGAUAGCAGAAUGGCUCUUAUACCAGCUUUUAGCGAUCUCAUGUUACAAAGCAGCAAUGAAGAUGAGAAAUUAUGGUUCCUAUUUUAGAAACCCAUUUCUCAGAUCCACACAACAACCACCUCCCUUGUACCCUACCGUAUCAAAGUGCACCUUACAAAACCGGGAAAACCAAACGUUGGUUUGUGAUAUUGAUCAUGGAACCUUACUCAAAAAUUCCAAUUCCUCCUUCUUUCCUUUUUUCAUGCUUGUUGCUUUCGAAGGAGGAAGUAUUUUCAGAGCUUUUCUCUUACUUUUAACAUGCCCUGUUUUAUGGGUUUUAAACCAUGACCUUAAACUAAAGGUGAUGAUCUUUGUCACUUUUGUUGGGUUAAGGUUGAAGGAUAUGGAGAGUGUCGGUAGAGCUGUCUUGCCCAAGUUUUAUCUUGACAAUCUUAACCUCGAUGUUUACGAGGUGUUUGCUUCUACUGGGUCUAGGGUUGUCCUCACAACCGUGCCUAGGGUUUUGGUUGAGGGGUUUCUGAAGGAGUAUUUGGAAGUUGGAAAAGUUUUAGGGACUGAACUGCAAACUUAUGGGAAUUAUUUCACUGGUUUUUUAUCUGGGUCUGGUUUACUUGUUAAGAACAAAGCUUUCAAUGACUUGUUUGAAGAUCAAAAGAAACCUGAUUUAGGUCUUGGAAGCUCCUCUGUUCAUGAUCAUCUCUUUCUCUCUCAAUGCAAGGAAGCUUAUGUGGUGAUCACCAACGAAGAGAGCAAGAACACUAAUGUGUAUAAUUCAAUAAUUAAAAGAGAGAAAAAUCCAAAGCCAAUAGUGUUUCAUGAUGGUAGGUUAGCUUUUCUACCAACUCCAAUGGCGACUCUAGCCAUGUUCAUUUGGCUUCCAUUAGGUUUCGUCCUAGCCAUUUUCAGACUCUCUAUUGGUAUUUUCCUCCCAUAUAAAGCAGUCAGUUUCAUAGGAAACUUAAGUGGUGUAAAAAUCAUAGUCAAAGGAAUCCAAAACAUCGAAGAUCCAACGAAAACCACUAAUAAAGGUGUACUCUACGUAUGCACUCACAGAACACUCCUCGACCCUGUUUUUCUAAGCACUUCAUUGAGGAAACCAUUGACAGCCGUUACAUAUAGCCUAAGCAAGAUGUCGGAGAUAUUGGCUCCAAUUAAAACGGUUAGGUUAACUAGGGACCGAAAAAGAGACGGGUCGACGAUGGAAAGGCUACUUAAGGAAGGAGAUCUUGUGGUUUGUCCUGAAGGGACUACGUGUAGGGAGCCUUUCUUGUUGAGAUUCAGCUCUUUGUUUGCGGAAUUAACGGAUGAGAUUGUGCCGGUUGCGAUGAACACAAAGGUGUCUAUGUUUUAUGGGACUACGGCAAGUGGUUUGAAGUGUUUGGAUCCAAUAUUCUUUUUGAUGAACCCUAGGCCGGCUUAUUAUGUUAAUAUACUUGAGAAGGUUCCAAAAGAGAAGACUUGUGCGGGUGGAAUGACUAGUUUUGAAGUUGCUAACUAUAUUCAAAAACAAUUGGGAAACGCGUUAGGGUUCGAGUGCACCACGCUUACUCGAAGGGAUAAGUAUUUGAUGUUGGCGGGGAACGAAGGAAUUGUUGAACGAGACAAUAAUACUAGAGAGAAAAAGGGUCGGGUUUAA